AUGACAACAAAAUCAAAUAUAAGAAUUUCCGACUCUGGCCUGGAGAUUGUAAAGUUCUCCAAAGGAAUACAGGUCCAGGCAAGAAAUAAUAGAGGUACUCGUUAUUUAAAUUACAAACUUUUGAUUAGAAAAAUACGUUGGGUAUCUGAACAAGAAACUCAAGAAAAUUGGAUAGAAGCUCAAAGAUAUGAUUUAAUCUUUAAGGAUAUACUGCUACGAGAUAUGAACAGAAUGGAUGCUAUGUAUAGUCGUGACAUUAAUUAUAUCCGAGAUCUAAUGUGCAUUUUAUCGAGAGAUGUUUGGAAUCUAUCUUUGUCUUCUCACAAUAAAUAUAACCAAAUGAAUAUUAGACAUGGAGAUCAUUCUGAUAAUAAUACUACAUCAUUUAUGUUCAUUUCAUCUCUUUCAAAUAUGGUAAAUCCUGGAAUAGAGAUAUCAAUUAAUGAUAAGCGAGUAAUGGAAUGGCUAUACAACUUAUUAGAAUGUUGUGGCAAACUCGCAAAAUUAAGAUCAUAUAUUAUUUGGAAUAGUAUUGCCGUAAUUAAGGUUUUAAAAAAGAGAAGAGGUAAAGUGUCAUUAAAAAGACAUAUUAAAAAUCCACUAGAUGCUUAUAAUCUGUUAAAUUCUCAUGAAUUUUAUUUAGGUAUUACAUUAGAAUACCUAAAUAAAAAUCUUAGAAAUUUAAUGCUUAAAGUAUUUAGAAAAGAUAUGUUUUCAGAAUUUUGUCAGAAGUGUAAUAAAAGAACUUGUGAACCAAUAAAAAGUAUAUGUAAUCAUAUAUUAUGUUGGAAAUGUAUUAUUAAUGUUGAUGAAGUUUUUUAUUUAGAUUCUAAUACAACUAAGAAUGAUAAAAACUUAAAUUGUAAUAAUACAAAUACUGGUACACCUUCUUCUUGUACUUCUGCAGUUUCAAAACAAUAUGAUUAUGAGACAGAUGGAUCAGUAAAUGCCUCAGAUCAGACAACCGUUUCAACUUCCGUAACUUCUUCAUAUUCUUUUAGAAGGAUUAAAAAUAGACCAUUUAAAAAUUGUCCAGUCUGCCACGCAAGGUGGAGCAGGAAUCCAGAAUCUUUACAAGCUGAAAAUAAAUUUGUUAAGUUAUGUAUUCAACAUUAUUUGAAUACAAAAUCUUUAACAGGGAUUUCAGACAUUGACACAAUUAUACAAUCUUCAGUUAGUAAUGUUGGCUUUAUUUCUUCUGAUGAUGAAACAGAAGAUGAAUUUAACAUAGAAGAUGAUACAGAACUUUUAGAUUUUGAUUUUAAUUCUAAUUCUAAUUCCAACCAUAAUUUUGAGAAAAAUAAUAGUGGUAACUUCAUUAAACCAGGAUACCAACUUGAUAAAUUUGGUGGAGAUAAUAAUGAAGAAGUUGGUAUUAAUUAUAAUGAAACUGGUAAAAAUACACGUAAUAAUUUCCACCAAAACCAUGUCCACAUUAAUAAUAAUGUUUUGGAAAAUAAUAGUAAUGUAGAUUCUACAAAAAAUUUUAAUAUCGGUACCUUAGAUACCGGUAAUAUGGGAAUAUAUAAUAAUAGUAUGUCACUUCCGACAUUUGAUAAUAUUUUUGGUAUGCUUUCAUCUCGUCCAAAUUCUUCAACAAUUUCCACAAUAACAUCAUCUAACCAGAGUUUAGAUGAUAGUUUGAGUAACUCAGGUGGGAAUUUUUUCGGGUCAACUUCCAAGUCUAAUAUGAAUUCUAAUCUGUCUUUCCCUUCGUUUUCGUCAUCUAAGUCAAUGGAGAACAGUGUAAGUGGAAUUGGAGGAGGGAUUGGAGGAGGAAGUGGAUGUGGAAUUGGAGGUGGGAGUGUAGUUGGAAGUGGAGGUGGGAGUUUUACGAUGACCAACAAUAAUAGUAUGAGUGGUAUUGGUUAUUUUGAGGCUAUUCCGAGUCCACCACCAGCUCCAAGUUAUAGCAAUUCAAAAUCCUUAAAUUCUGCCAACGUUUUUACGAAUGGAAGGCAGAGAUCUGGAUAUGCUUUUGGGGCUGGUCAUGGUACUGGGCAAGGCCAAGGAAAUUAUCUUGGCAAAAAGGAGAGUGAAUUACUAACUAAUAAUUCAUCAGGAACUGUUAAUAUGAAUGCUACUGCAACUUUGACUUCAGUCUCUGGUAUAGGAGCAGGGAGGUUGGGUUUGAAGCCAACCAAGAAUUUAGAAAGGAGUAGUUCUGGAGUGUCUUAUCAACAUAAUAAUCACCACCAUAGUCAAUACUAUAAUUUACAGGGCCUUUUAGGUACACAAGGAGUAGUUCAAGAAACUCAAGGUAUUCAGGGAGGAGAAAAAGAAUUUGAAACUGGAAUGGUUUCAAAUAGGGUAAAUAAUAUCCAUUCAAAAAACUUAAUGAAUUCAAAAGGAGGAGGAGGUUUUUUGAGUUGCAGUUCACAUAAUAUUAGUAACAAUUAUGGAAGUGGCAAUAGUAGUGGAAAUGGCCGACUUCAGAGCCAACAAUUUUCAUCCAAAAAGAUUCAACAAAAUAACCACUUAAAUGGUUUUGGUCAUAAUCAUGUACAUAAUUAUGGUUGUAAUGGGUACCAUAAAUAUUAUUAUGGUCAUAAUUCUGAUGUUUUAGGCCAUAAUUUUAAUCAUAACCACCACUCGACUCAUUAUCAAAACUCUAUUCAAAAUGUUAUCCCUCAACAAAGUUUGAUAUCUACUGGAAGUUGCUGUAAUGGUAAUUAUAUUCCAUCAUUUCAAUCAGGUUUAGGUUUAAAUGUGAAUAAUCGUAGUAAUAAUAAUAAUAAUAAUAACCAGCAGAUAUCAUCUAUUUAUACUGAUAGUUUGGGUAUUGGUAGUUUUGAGAGUACAGGUUUGAACAAUAGUUACUCCGGAUUCCAUUAUAGCAGUCAGUUUAGUGGUAUGGGCGGAAAUAGUAAUAAUAAUAAUAAUUCAAAAUUUAAUAAUAAUAAUAAUCAUCAUCAUCAUCAUAGUAAUCAUAACAGUAAUAACAGCUUUAAGCUAUCCUUAAGCAAAAAUAUCAACUCCUUUAAUAAUGGAAAUCAUACAUUUCCAUCAAACUCAAACAACAAUAAUAAUAAUAAUAGUGAUUAUCACCGUAAAAUAAAUAAUGGUAAUUAUGGAGAAGUUGGUAACGACAUUAAUUAUUCAAAAAAUUUUGAUUUCACCAAAACUUGUCAUAAUAUCAAUAAAGAAUUGAACUUAGGUAAACAGAGCCACUGUAGUCCAAGCUUAAUAGGAAUCAACUCAAUCCAGCUAAACCAACAUAAGCAAAAACAAAAUUGCUCUGAACGUUUAAAUAAUUACCAAAACUAUUUGACUUUUGGAUGUUCAGAUGAAGAUGAAGAAAGAUAUUCUGAAAGUCAAUGUAGGAGUGAUAUAUUUGCAUUUUCUUCUUCUAAUAAACUAGAUGACAGAUUUGGGGAUCAAUAUCACAAUAUUUUUGGAAUUGAAAAGACUAUUAGAGGAAAUGGUGAAAAUUGUGACACUGGUAUUGAUAUUGAUUUUGAUAUUAACCUUGGUCUUGAAAUUGAUAUUGAUCAUGGAAAUUCAUGGAUUAAUAACUCAAAUAUCAUAAGUUCCUUAUCAUCAUCAUCAUCAUCAUCAUCUUCUUCUUCUUCUCAUUCUCCUUUAUUAAAUUCAAAAACAAUAUCAGAUAAUAAUAGAGUUUGUAAUUCUAAAAACAUUAAUAACUCAGAAGAUAGUGAUAAUAAUAAUAAUAAUAAUAAUAAUAAUAAUAAUUGUAUUGAAGAUAAUAAAGAUUUAUUAGACAAUACUAAUAAUAACGAAACUUCAAAUAAUAAUGACUUACAAAAAAUAUCAUCCUGUAACUGGAAUCCUUUCACAAGUGAAUAUUUAAUUGGAAAUGGUGAUUCAUUACAACAAUAUCUCUCCAACAAUAAUAGUAAUAAUAACAAUAUUGAUAGUAAUCUAAAUUCUUUUGAUUAUAACCUUAAUGAAGAGAUUGUUUCAUCUGAUUCAAAGUUACUUGAUUUAUUUAGAGAUUUUGGUGUUUAA